CGUGUCUUGAUCGUUUUGUUCAUCAUUGAAGUUUGAAAGUCCUCUCCCUCAAUACCACAAAGGCCUUUUGUUCGUUGAGAAAGAACGCCCACGACUAACCGAGAUGUCCUCCACCUCCACUCUCAUAUCCGCAGUAGGGGUCGUGUGGAGAUAUGCCUGGUUUCUGGCGUUUCGUCCAUUGGCCAUACUUGUGCUGACGGGUGCAACCAUAUCCCUUCUUCGAUCUGGUGUCUCACUUUGCAAGGAUAUUCCCUCUAUGGCCUAUGAGAUAUUCAUGUGGUUCACCUCCUGAUGGGAUGGGAAGAGGGAUGUGUCAGUACCUGUAUUACGUACUGGAGCGAAGGUAUCUUGGCGUUGAUGAUUUGUCAUUGUUGCAUUGUGUGCCUUAUGAAGCGAUACUUGCAUUGCAUAUGUACAUUGUAUUGUUUUCUCUGCCAGCAUCUGCUGUUCAAACUAUGUGUCAUAUUUAUUGAAGUUCAGUGUUUGAAGGUAAUUCAUUCUGCUGUGUGCCCAAAAUCAAGGACCUGUCAUGUUGAGACUUGGAACAUUCAAUGUUGAAAG